ACACCAGAACCACAGAUUCUGGAGAUAAUAAACAUGCUUUUAUUUUACUAAGUAACAAAGUGAAAGUCGGGUAAAAAUGGAGGAGCAGGAGCCAUAUAGAGACCAGAGCUGUGUUUCAUCAUGAGAUAAGUUGAUUGUAGAGACCUUUCAUUUCAUCAGAUUUUACAAUGUAGCCAAAUUAGACUUUCGAUGGUUUUGGGAAAUGUAGCCCAGAAGCUCAGACUUGAGAUUAAAGUGUCUUCAAAAGCAGCUCAUAAAGGCAGCACAGGAAGAAGCCCUUCACCUAAAAAACUAAACACAUACUCUACGUGCCCAUACAAGCUGUUUGUCCAUCCAACAGAUCAACCACAUUUCUAAAGAAACAACCACAGCUUUCAGUUUGACUCACAAGAUAACUUUAGAAACUGAAGCUCUAUUUUAGCUGUGUACUUUUUCCAUACACUUUGAAUUGAGACGUGAAUAAAUACACAUCCGUUUUAAAAUCACUUGUUAGGCUUGAUUUUACUCCACCAUAAAAUGUAGUUCAUCCAAUAAUAUUCUUAGUUUAUAGUAAAUAAGUAACAUAUUCAGGCAAUUACCUUUUAAAACUGUCAAUGUUAAAUGAUAGAAAAAAAUGUUAGCAGUUAACAAUCAAAAUGUUAAUAAGGAUAUGUAACUAUGUAUAACUUGUGCACAGAUCAUGUGCGUCUGCAUUCGAGGGUUGUCCAGUUCUUUUGGGGGAGGAUUCACAGCAAGAACAACAGAUCUUGUUGGGGUUAUUUUAAUCAGUUUGACGGUUAUCUGCAGAGAUUUUAGUUUAGGGUUUUCACAGAGCAACUAAAAAUGAUCCAGAUGCUUAUUUUUUUCUGUUUGAGCUGCUGUCAUCUGAUCGGUGUGUUUGGUUCUGAGACAAAUGAAACACAGUCAGUGAUGGAGGGUGAUUCUGUCACUCUACACACUGAUGUUACUGAAAUACAUGAAAAAGAUACAAUAAUGUGGAAGUUUGGAGCAGAAAAGUCUCUGAUAGCUCAAAUAAAAAGCACCUCUGAAAUCUUCCCCACAUUCCCUGAUGGGAGAUUCAGAAACAGACUGAAUCUGGACAGACAGACUGGAUCUCUGACCAUCACAAACAUCACAACUCAACACGCUGGACUCUAUGAAGUAGAGACCAUUCUAGCAAAAGUUUCAUCAAAAACUUUCAGUGUUUCUGUCUUUGCUCGUCUUCCUGUUCCUGUCAUCAGCAGUAACUCUUCACAAUGUUCAUCCUCAUCUUCAUCAUCACAGCAGAAUUGUUCAUUGUUGUGUUCAGUGGUGAAUGUGGGUCAUGUGACUCUCUCCUGGUACAAAGGAAACAGUUUAUUGUCCAGCAUCAGUGUGUCUGAUCUCAGCAUCAGUCUCUCUCUACCUCUGGAGGUGGAAUAUCAGGAGAAAAACAGCUACAGCUGUGUGAUCAACAAUCCCACCACAAACCAGACCACACAUCUGGACAUCAGCAAACUCUGUCACACAUGUUCAGGAGUUUCAGUUUCUCUGAUAGUGCUGAUAUCUUCGGCUGCUGGAUCUCUGUUGAUUGUAGCUGCACUUGGGAUCUUUUGCUUCUUCAGGAAAAACAGCAAAACUAAUCAAGAAGAUGAGACUCGUGAAGAACAGAUCACUUAUGCUGAACCCACGUUCUACAAAAGAAAUAAAAUUCAACAGGAGGAUCACGUGGAGUAUGGAACAAUUACCAUGAGAUGACCCAACUUUAACCUUUUCUAAAUACCAGGUUCAGUCAAGGGUUAAUCAUAGGACUUGAGGGGUUUGAUGUGUUUAAAGAUGGAAUAAUUAAAUGGUUUUCUAAGAAUGAUCUAUAUUGUGUUGCCCAUAUUAAAACGUUUUUAAUGUUUGACUUAAAAAUACAAACACAGAUGCCUCAUCAAAGUGUUGUAUAUUUUAUAAUUUAUCUACCUCUGUAUAUAAAUGUGGGUUGAUUUGGUGAGUAGAUAAACAGCUUCUGAAUUAGCAUCUACUGCUGGACGUUUGUGGUUGAUUUCGUCGGUUCUCAAAUCAGACGCGUCCGACAGAAACGGUUCUCGGUUCAGUGUACUGAUGACGAGAUGUGCAUGAAAAUUGCAUUAGAUUUUUUUGCACAGCCCUAGCAUCUAGUUCACAAAGCUAAACAGCGUGGCCCUUUGUGUAAUAAGUUACAGAAACUGUUAAAUGCACCAACUUAAAUAAUAAAAUACACUUACUGGUUGUGGUCCAUAAACAACACCUUCUCCAGACAAAGAGGGAACUGCUCCAUCUUUCAAGAAUAAUCUUUGUGCAAAUCCGGCUUUAAACUGAUUGAGACUGAGGAAGCUCGCUGUCCGCAGCAAAAGAUGCUGCACAUAGUUUUACAUGUGCAUUAUAAUUUUCCGGAACCGAGUUAAACAUAAAUUGUAACCGUUGAUCUCUAAGUACAGCGUCCCUGGGAAGCCCAAACAAAGGUGAUUUGACUCGGAGAUGAAAAUAACAGCAUUUCAACGACAUAGUGCAAACACAACUCUUCCUCUUCUCCGUCGGAGCACAACAAGACCACAACCCCAUUUUUGUGUAUUCAUUUGGGCGGAGGUUAGUCAAAAAACUGUUUUAGUGACGUCAUUACUGCAAGAACUAGAGGGAUGUAGUCCAAAUGGGUCAUUUUUUGUAGGCGAAUUCUGUUAAAUAAAAUAUCUCGUUUGGCAUUGAACUAUGAGCUUCAGAAUUUUACAGGUAUUAUUUAUACUCUAACAACAACAUUACACACUAACUAAAGUUUAAAACAUGGGAUCACGAAGAACGGGACCUUU